UGAUGAUUGGCUAGGGAUAAGGAACGAAAAAAGUUUAUUGGCAAUUGUUUUGGUUCACAAGUUAAAUACGUUUAAUUUGGGCAAAUUAUUAUAAUUUAAAAAGAAAAUAUUGCAAAUCAAACAGUGCGACCAAAUAAAGAAAUCAGUUUAUUGAAUAUCGUGCGAGAAAUUGGAAAAUCUGCGUAUUAAGUUAACGACUACUACGCCAACGUCCAUUUGACGCACGCAACUGGUGGGCAACAUGUCGGACAAUCAACAGACGACACCGCCCAAAUCGCAAGGGGAGGAGCUGGGUCCGCCAAAAGCCGACUUUAGCGCACCGCCACCCUAUGAGUUCGUCAAUAACACCGGCGGCAUGCCGCAGCAGCAGCAGCAGCAGCAAAAUGCAACAAUUCAACAACAACUACAGCAUCAGCAGUUGCCACCACCUUAUCUACAGGUGUCGUUGCCACCGAUAAACUCGUCGCUAGCACCGCCACCACCACCAGGCGGCGUUAUGAUGCCUGGCGAUAUGCCAAUAAUGCAACCCGAUGUCAAAUUGCCCUCAUAUGAAGAGGUGCAGCGGCAGAAAUCCGCAAACGGUGAAUUACUAUUCAUGAAUGCACACGUGCUGCCACCACAUAUGCGUGACAGCACUGCGCCGCCGGCCAAUGGCACCACCAAUGCAACCAAUGGCACAGCGCCAGCUUUAACAUUCAUCGCCAUCGAUGCGUCGGAUGCUGAGACUUUGACCAGCAACAAUGACAACAGUUUGCUCGGCACCGAUGCCAUGUUCAUAUUGGCCUUCAUGGUGGCAUUCCUCUUCAAUUGGAUUGGCUUUUUGAUGCUCACCUGCUUUUGUCAGACAAUUGCCGCACGCUAUGGUGCAUUAUCCGGCUUCGGUUUGUCGCUGGCCAAAUGGACGCUCAUUGUUAAGAAUUCCACAGAGUUGGCAUCGCAUGAGAACUCUUGGCUGUGGUGGCUAACCAUGGCAUUUGGCUUUUUAAUUUGUAUACGCGCAUUCCUGCAGUAUGUAUCGAUUAAGCGCACUUGGCGAUUGCUUAGCACAUCGGCGCAAGAGCGUUUGCUAUUUUUCUACUAGAGCAGCGACGGGGGGCGUGUUGUUGUUACACGAGUGGUGCUGCUUGAUGGCCACAUAGUGCAAGCACACAAACAACUUUUAUAUAUAUAUAUAAAUAUUAUAAUUUUUUUUUGUAAAAAUAUUUUUUUUUAGCUUGUUUUAGUUAGUUUGCCUCACCAUUGGUAUUAGAAUUAGAGCACUCGAGGUACUUAAACGCGAUGCCAUUUUAAUAGUGUUUAUCUUUUCAUUUUUAUUAUUUUAUUUUUUUUUUUUUGUGUAAUCCAAGCGAUUACAUACAUAUGUAGCUGAAUAUUAAAUUUAUUAAAUUGGUAGUGUCUACUUUAUAUAUAUGAUAUGUGUAUAUGUUUCAAAAACCGAAUAUGAAUGUAUAUUUCCGAGCAUAAUUGAGCAUACUUGUUAUUUUUACUAUUAUCUAUGUGAAUGUGUAUUGUGAACGCCGAUGCAUGCAUUGUGCGUUUAUUUCAAAUAUAUUGGAAUUAAAUGAUAA